CUUUAGGAUCACAAAGUGCACACCAUUCAAUAUAAUCGCGGGACACAACGUGUUGGCAUUGUAUUCAAGAAUUGUCGCUGUUAGUCUCAAAAGAGGAACUUGUUAAAAGGCGGAGUAUUCAAUAAUUGUUAUAGAAGUUUUACGAAGUAAAAAAAUCAUGGCAUCAGAUGGAAAGAAGAAGCCUAAUAUCAAAAUUGAAGAUGACAUUGACCAAAUUAUAGAGUUAAAGCAGGAAAUCGGUCUAAAAAAUGCGGUAGCCAUAAUAGUGGGGGUCAUUGUGGGGAGUGGAAUUUUCAUCAGUCCCAAAGGAGUUCUCUUGGAAGCCGGUUCCGUCGGGUUGUCACUGUCAGUAUGGAGUAUGUGCGGUGUUAUUUCACUCGUCGGGGCGUUAUGUUACGCAGAAUUGGGGACAUGCAUUCUAAAAUCUGGUGCAGACUAUGCUUACAUUGGUGAAUCGUUUGGUAAAUUGCCGGCAUUUCUGUACCUAUGGGUUGCUUUAGUGAUAAUUAUGCCGACAGGAAACGCAAUUACAGCGUUGACAUUCGCUAAAUAUGUUCUACAACCACUCUUCCCCGACUGUGAUGUUCCGUCUAACGCUGCACGUCUCCUAGCUGCCCUUUGUAUAACGCUCUUGACGUUUGUGAACUGUACGAAUGUGAAAUGGGCAACACGGGUGCAAGACAUCUUUACUGUGGCAAAAAUCGCCGCUCUCAUCAUGAUCAUCAUCACUGGAAUAGUCAAGUUUGCCAUGAACGAACAAGUGGAGAGUUUUGAGGAACCCUGGGAAGGCACACAGACAAAUCCCGGCAGUAUUGCAUUCUCGUUCUACUCCGGUCUUUUCUCCUAUGCAGGCUGGAACUAUCUCAACUUUGUUACAGAAGAACUGAAGGAGCCGUACAAAAAUCUACCACGAGCCAUUUGGAUCUCGAUACCUCUGGUGACCAUUAUUUACGUGCUGGCAAACAUCUCAUAUUUCACCGUUCUCACACCGCGGGAAAUGCUGAUGAGCGAUGCAGUUGCUGUGACAUUUGCUGACCGAACAUAUGGUGUGAUGCAGUGGAUCAUGCCGUUAUUUGUGGCGUGUUCUACAUUUGGAGGGGUGAAUGGCGCAAUUUUCACGUCAGCUAGGUUAUAUUUUGUGGGUGCCCGGGAAGGACAUCUGCCAGGUUUCCUAGCAACCAUCAGUACCCGAAACUUUACACCAAUGCCUGCCUUGAUAUUUGGUUGUGUUUUGACGUUGAUCAUGUUAAGUUCUGAUGACAUCUUUGCAUUGAUCAACUACGCCAGUUUUGUGGAGUCAUCAUUCAUUGCGUUAAGCGUGGCUGGCAUGUUGUAUAUGCGAUAUAAACGCCCAGAAAUGGAGCGACCUAUUCGGGUUCACAUAGGAUUCCCGAUAUUUUUCCUCAUUAUCUGCAUGUUCCUUAUGAUUAUGCCGCUGACCAAUAACCCCAUGGAGUGUUUCAUCGGCAUGGCUGUCGUUGCUGCUGGAGUACCUGUCUACUUGAUUGGCGUUGUGUGGAAAAGCAAACCUCGAUGGUUUUACCAACAGCUGGAUCAUGUUGCCAGGGCAACCCAGAAGGCGUGUCUUAGUAUCCGCGAAGAUCUAAAGGAGGAUUGAACAUCACUACUAUCCUGGGAAACCACACUGCCCUUCAUCAUAAAUGACCUUUUAGAUUCCAUGGUUCCACCUUAAUAACUAGUGUGUUACAAACAAAAAUGCAUUAUCACUUGUUUAAAGGUAUUAUUUUUGGCAAUAAUAAUUGAUAUUCUGUGAGAGAACAAAUAUUUAACUGGCCUAAAACUGUAGACAAGUCCCACGAAACGAUCGUGUCCUUUGUUUCUCAGAAAUUACCUUUGUUCCUUUAAACCAAUCUUAAUUCCUUGGAAAUCUUUUAUUUUUCCAGGAAACAACCUUAGACAAUAACUAAAUACAGCAAUGUCUCAAUAAUGCAUUAGUUACCUAACUAACUAACACAAUGGCAAUAUAAGGGGUAUUCAGUAUACAUGAAUUGCCGUUUAAGCUGCUAAUUGUAAUAUUUUAUGUCAUUAAUUUAUGAGGUAGCAUAUUGUCAAUUAUUUUAAAGGUAGCAACUUGGGUAUAUUAAUAGUUUUCUUCCUAUCAUACUGCAUUGUUACUAAGGUAAGUUUAAUUAGAAUGUACAACAAACAAAAUCACUCUCCAUAUAUAAUGUCUUUAGUUGCAUUACGCAAUUAAUUUUCCUUCAAAUUCUCAUAAUUAUGCGUGUUCACAUUUUCACAUUUUUGUCACAUAAUUGUCAGCUGGGGUUAUUUUCACAUUGAGAUUAAAUACAACAAUAAUAUUGUUUACAGAAAUUAUUGAUAAUGUAGUUACCUUGUUCAUUUUUCAGGUAGCACUUGUUUAUUCAAUUAGGUAGCACUUUAUUGAAGUAAAUGUGUGUUGAUAACUUGUUUUACAAUAGUGUAUUUUAUUAUGGUCACUGAGGGAUAUGAUGUUUGAACUAUGCAUUACAAAUGGUGAAAGAGAAAAAAACUUGCAUGUUAUCUAUUGAAAGAAGGCUGAGAAUAUUUCAACUUUUACCUUUGUGAACAAAACAAAUCCCAUUCCAUGUGUGUGUAGAUGAAAGAAAAUGGUUUAAAUGCAGGUUUAGUGCAAGACUACUGUUACUGCUAAUAUUAUAUGCAGUUAGGACUGUCUGGUGCUGAACGCUGGGUCUGCAUUCACUAACGUAUGGUGUUUCAGACUCUGGCUCAGACAAUUCAAUUCUGAAAUGUUUCAAAAUAUAUAUAUAGCUAAUGUAAAUAUAUUAGAUUUCUAUCAAAAAUAAUGUGCCAGAUUGUAGAACUAAUAAGCACUUUUUACCUUCUUUGCUUCUAUAUAAUAGCAGUUUUACAAGAAAACUAUUUUUUUGCUUUUCUUAGUCCGAAUCUUAAAACUGAGUCUGAUGAUGUUUGUGGCCAUGGUUUUUUGACUUCAAAUUAUCUUUGCAUGACCUGUCAAGAACUAAAAUAGUUUCAAUACUCUGAUAUAAAUCUCUCGGGAAUCUCAAAUGCUCUUCGGUUAAUUUAAGAAUUUGUUGUUUACUAUUGUGUAUGUUAAGUUUUUGACUGUUAGUUACAUAAGUUAUAUAUAUGCAUGUUUUGAUUAAUUUUUAUUUAAUUUUUAAAAUGGUGUUCACUAUUCAUUAUGGUUGCUAAUUCAUUGUAGACUAACUUUCUUUAAUAUUAUUACCAUACCCUUACAUUAAUGCUACUAAAACUAUUUGAUAUUGAAAGACACAAAAUGUCAUAUAUGCAAAUUUCAACUGUCUCAAAAAUUAUGUGUUUAACGUGGGCAGCAGUUUUGUUAUUGAUAUUGUAGAAAAAUGGCAGUAUACUGCAUCUUUUUGUUGUGGUAAAUCCUAGAACAGGAUGGAGCUUUCACUUUUAAAUUGCUGUAUAUUUAAAGUUUGUUUUUCGCUGGACAUUUGUAAUAGUAAGGAGUGCCUUGAAUGGUUAUAAAUGGCUUUGAAAACAAUUUAAGCCAUAAACACCCCCUAAUUCCAUGCCUGAAUCCCUCAUACUCAAACAGAAUUUUUAGGAAAGGGAUUCUUAUCCAUCUUGAUCAGGUAAUAUACAUGUGUAUCUUUAUAUACAUGUGUACCUUUAUAUAUGGCUGGAGAAGUGAUUCUCAGGGUAUUUUAUGCAUUUUUACAGUAGUGAAUUUCCAAUCUGAUUUUUUUUGACUGACUGACUGAAGCUCAAAAACAUCACUCAUUAAUUUAAGGUGCUUUUAAAUUCCACGGUUCCACCUUAAUAAUCAAUAAUAAUUGAUAUUCUGUGAGAGAACAAAUAUUUAACUGGCCUAAAACUGUAGACAUGUCCAUUUGAACAGCUGUCAUCCAAUCAGUAUAUUAAUAUGUAUGGGUUUUUUUGUACUAAGAGUUCACAUUUGAAAAGAGGCUCGCUGCUUACUUACCACUUUUAAUUGGAUAAUUGCAAAACAAUGUGUUCAAUAUACCACUGUUUACAUCAAUACAUAAGUUGUUUGUCAUUGCUAACCAUAUGUGUACAUAGCAGCAUUGAAACUACUGCUAUAUUGUAUUUAAAUUUUUACCUAAUUCUUAAAAGUUGGCAUUAGCCGAAUAUACACUUCUAUACUAUACUACUGCAGUUGAAACUGUGUUCAAGAUGUUAUUGUUUACAUAAUGCAAUACAUUUCUUUACUUACCGUAAUGUUUGCAACUUGUUUAUUUGUAACUGUUGGCAACGAUUAAACUUGUCGCUUUAUUUAUGAAAUAGGUUUUAUAAUUGUGUGUAUAUUAUGCCUGGUGAAUUGCAUACAUGUCUUAGUCAUUGCUGUUAAUAGUUAUUAUACAUGUAUGAAACAUUGCAUUUAAGUUAUAUCUCUAAUUUAUAGAAUGUCUUCAUCUUAAUUGGAUCGUGACAAGCAGAAAUACCGAUAGGACUUGUAGCAUAAAAAAUGCAAGCAGUAAAUAUGACAUCACAGUUACAUAUGACUGCAAAGAGAGAAAUGAUGACAACCAUGGUUUUAUGCUUUAAAGAUCAUUGGUACUUUUUAAAUGUUUAUUCUGUCUUUUAUGUAGUGAUAAAACUAUGAUCAAAUAUUGUCAUUAAUCUAUUUUUUUGGAUUGAGGUUGCCGAUUAUCGAUUACAUAAUAUCAUGAUUGAUUAUCUCUAUGAGGCUGUAUUCUCUUAAAAUAGUGAAAUAUGGUUGAACAACAGUAUAAUUUACUUGUUUUCAGUUAAAACAUCAAGCUUAUCAUUGAAAAAAAUACUUCCUUAUAUCACAAAUACAGCAUUUGAAUUUGGCUAGAUGUUUAAUCUUGACAUUCAUUGUUAAGUAAACUUACUAAGAAUUAAAUGCAGCUUCUUUUUUUUGUUAACCACUUAAGUUUAAACAAAGUUGAGUACUUUUGAUUUUGAAUACAUAAUUUGAAAUUGAUCUCAGUGCCUAUAACCAUUAUUUCUGAUGAUCAAGUAUGAUUGUAGACAUAUUUUCAGUGCCUACAUAAAGUAAAACAUAUUUACGAGGUUAAAAAAAGACAAUUGAAAAUGGUGUAAGACCAAUAUUUGCUUGUCGAUUCUUGUCCGCUUCAUGUUGCCUUUAAUAUUAGCAGUUAUACGGAUUGCCUUAUAUAAUUAACCAUCUUUUUCAGGGUUUAUAUGGUAUAUAUGUAUUGUCAUUUUUUAAAAUUUCAUUUUUAGCUUACAAUUAUACCUUUACAAGCAGUGUUCACAAAACACCAUACCAAAACUAUACAUGUACUAUACUAGAUGUGUAUUAUUGUGUACUAUACAUGUACUGUUAUAUGUAUCUGUAUGUCCUCAUGUUUGAUCGCCUCAGCCACACUUUGCCUUAUGAUUGUUGUCUGUUGUAAAUACACUGGUUUCUGCUCAUAACAGGUUACUUUAUUAAUGUGGUUACAACAUCUUAUUCGUACAUUCAAUUCUAUUGCCUUUCAGUUGGUUCUUACUGUAGGAUAAAGUGGUCUUGUUGUACAGAUAAGUUAGGUGAAACUAUUCAUUUUCUUGUUUUGUAUAGCAAUUAGCAAACACUUUUGGCUAUUGGUCAGUUGUUUUAUUUCAUUUACAUUCAACCAAUCUAUAACUGGUUGGCAAUUACCAUAUGAACUAUUAUGUCACCCAUUAACCCGUGUAUAGUAUCCGACAUUUAAACUAACAUGAGUUCAUGUCAAUCAUUGAUAAUGAAACAAAAAAAAAAACAAUCAUAGCAGUGCAUUAUUUAUACAUACAGGUACAUGCCUGUGUCAGCUCAAACUUUUCUAUGUCAUGGAAACAAUCAGCUACAUUCAUUCAACAUUGUUUUACUUAUAUUCAUUAAGUAUGAUAAUGGAUAAAGAUUGUUAGUAUGAACUUAACUAAUAUAAGUGGUUUUAUGCAAAACAGUCACAUGACAUUUAUUUUGUAUGUAAGUAAUACUAACAAAAAUUUUUACAGUGAUUUAGUGGUGCACAAUGUAUUGUGUCAACUACCCAAUAUAUCGGCCAGUCACUGUUUAUAUCUACCACUUCACCUGAUUAAAAUCAAUAAUGGAUGACUGCUGAUUUCAUAAAAUGGAUGUAUUCUAAAACUUGAGAUAUGCUGCACAUAUUGGACAAAAUAUAUUGUUGACCACUAAGUUGAGUAAAAAGCAUGACCCAUGAUAACCUGCUACAGAAAUACUUGUCAUGGUUCUGGCCUAGACCUUUUAGGAAUCUCAUAAUGCAAAUUGGUGUUAAUGUAGUAGCUACGCAUUUAUUAACAAAUAGUUUCCAUGAAACUAACAACUUGUAGAACAAUUAUUAUAUGUUAAUAUGGUUUGUCCAUUACAAUGUUGAUAUUAUUUAUGUAUGUUUUUAAUUACCGGUUUUCUAACUUAUGUGCCGAAAAUACAUUUUAUAA